AACAUCAUCACACACCUGAAGUCUUCAAGAAGCCUCUACAUCAUGUGCCACAUCCCUGUCUUCUGCUGGAUCUCAGCCACUGUUCUAGAGAGAAUUUUGGGUGAAGCAGAGGGUGGAGAGAUCCCCAAGACUCUGACUCAAAUGUUCACACACUUCCUGAUCUUUCAGAUCAGACACAAGGACCAAAAGUACCAUCAGAAAUGUGACCCUGAUCCUCAGCAGACCAGAGACAGUAUCAUGGCACUGGGAAAACUGGCUUUCCAGCAGCUGGAGAAAGGAAACCUGAUCUUCUAUGAGGAAGACCUGAGAGAGUGUGGCAUUGAUGUCAGAGAAGUGUCAGUGUAUUCAGGAGUGUGUACCCAGAUCUUCAGAGAGGAGUUUGGGUUUCACCUGGGGAAGGCGUUCAGCUUUGUACAUCUGAGUGUUCAGGAGUUUCUGGCUGCUUUAUAUGUAUUUUUUUGUUUUAGACAUAAAAAUGUGGGGCAAAGCACUGGACUUUUUAAUUUCUUCAGAAAUCCAAACAUGUCUGAUCUCCUCAGGAGUGAAGUGGACAAGGCCUUACAGAGUGAGAAUGGACACCUGGACCUGUUCCUCCGCUUCCUUCUGGGUCUCUCACUGGAGACCAAUCAAACUCUUUUACGAGAUUUAAUGCCACAGACAGGAAGCAGAUCUCACAGCAAACAGGAAACAGUGAAGUACAUCAAGGAGAAGAUCAGGGAGAAUCCAUCUCCAGAGAAAUCCAUCAAUCUGUUCCACUGUCUGAAUGAACUGAAUGAUCAUUCUCUAGUGCAGGAAGUACAAACUUACCUGAACAGAUGAGGUGACAGUCGUCUUAGUGACACCAGACUCUCUCCUGCUCAGUGGUCAGCUCUGGUGUUUGUGUUACUGACCUCAGAACAGAAUCUGGAUGUGUUUGAUUUGAGGAAAUAUGAUGGAUCACACGACGGUCUUCUGAGGCUGCUGCCAGUGGUCAAAGCCUCCAGAGAAGCUGAGUGAGUAUUUUUAUUUAUAAAUGUAUUACUGCAUGGUUUAUUAUUUUAAUGUAACA